GCCGUCUGUGUGAGGUGUCAGUCGCCAUCUGAGUUGAAAUCUAUCAGGGUCAGACAGUUAUGGCUGUACGCUUGAUUCGUGGAAUGGAGGACCUGGUGGCAUCGGGCAGCCAGCUCAUAUGGAGCGUGGCACAUCAGACCUUGAGGAGGUGGCUUUUGCCAUGUCGACGCUUCCUUGUAGCCUGGUUUAGGAUUGACAGUUGCUACCAGAUGACUGAGGGACGUCAGUGCCAGGUACAUCUACUCGACGGCAGAAAGCUGGAGCUGCAGGUUCAGCCCAAGCUUUUAUCCCGAGACCUGUUGGACUUGGUAGCAUCCCAUUUUAACCUGAAGGAGAAGGAAUAUUUUGGACUUUGCUUCAUUGAUGACACUGGUCAGAAUAACUGGCUCCAUCUGGAUCGAAAAGUCCUUGAUCAUGACUUCUCUAAGACUUUAACUACAUUGGAACUCAAAUUCUAUGUGAGAUUUUACAUCGAGAAGAUCACCUUUUUAAAAGAGAACACGACUGUGGAGCUUUUCUUCCUGAACGCCAAAUCAUUGAUUUUUAACGAGGCAAUUGAAGUGGAGAGUGGACACGUUUUCAAGUUAGCUGCAUUCGCUUUGCAGGAGGCCAACGGAGAUUACACAUGCACUGAAACCGCCAGAUCACAUCUGAAGCAGAUCCCAGUUCUGCCCACCCAGGUUCUCAGAAAGCACCCGUCUCUGAGUUACUGUGAAGACGAAGUGAUUGAGCAUUACAAGAAACUGAAGGGUCUGACCAGAGGACAAGCCAUUGUGAAGUACCUGGCCCUGGUGGAGUCCCUGCCAACGUAUGGUGUUCAUUAUUAUCCAGUAAAGGACAAGCAGGGAAUACCCUGGUGGCUAGGUGUCAGCUACAAAGGCAUUGGCCAGUACGACUUACAAGACAAGCUGAAACCAAGAAAGUUGUUCCAGUGGAAGCAGUUGGAGAAUUUGUAUUUCCGAGAGAAGAAAUUUGCAGUGGAAGUCAACGACCCCCACUGUCGAACAGUGAGCAAGCGAACUUUUGGUCAGACUGGUCUUGUCAUUCACUCCUGGUAUGCCAGCCAUUCUCUGAUUAAAACUAUCUGGGCGAUGGCCAUCAGUCAGCACCAGUUCUACCUGGACAGGAAGCAAAGCAGAUCAAAUAUGACGACAACAAGGAGUUCAGGAGACAUUGCCAUGGAUCUCACAGAGAUUUCUUCUCAACGGAUCACGAAACUUAACGGCCUCCAAAGCAAAGAUCAGCUCAUCAUGGCGAGCAGUGGAAGCCUCAUCUCGGCGGGUUCUGCUGACUCUGACAUCGGCGAGGAGCAGAAGAAAGAGAAGAUCGCCGAGCUGAAAAAGAAAGAGAAAAACCUUCAAGACACACUUGCUCAAAAACUUGAAGAGCUGAAGAAGAUCUGCAUGCGAGAAGCGGAACUUACAGGCGCCUUACCUAAAGAAUAUCCCUUGGCCACGGGCGAAAAAGCCCCUCCAAUACGGCGACGUGUUGGGACAGCGUUCAAGCUCGAUGACCUUUUUCCCUAUAAUGAGGAUCCACAUUUAAGGAAUCUGGAAAGCAGAUUCGCCCUGCAGCAGAAGAUUGUGGAAGCAGCCAUGAAGUUAACCAACGAGGGCGAUCUGUCCAAGACGGUGAAGAGGAAAAGGAGAAACAACUGCUUGGAUGCGAUGAGGAAGCUGGAGGAGAUCGAGAGGGAGAUCAAUGACUACAGGAUCACCAAAGGAAAACAACCCACCCAAAGAGCCUCGGUGAUCUUAGAUGAUAUCAAUCCAUCAGACCUCAGCUCUCUAUCGGACAGCUUCACGCUGGAUGAAGAUGACGAGCUCGGUUCCCAGAGACAGCGGUCAACGUCAGUCCAGUACUCGCCAAGAUCCCACCAUGCGGAGACUCUCCGGAUUCACUACAGCAAAGAGAGACGAGCUUCCGCCAACGACCAACACGCAGACAGCCGGAUAAACUACGGCCACAUCCAGGAACCCCUCCACCACGGUCACCAUGAUGCCUUAUUAAGCCACAACAGUCCAUACAAAUCAGCGAGCAGACAACCAUGUGACGCACGCAGUAUGCCCCCUACCCCGCUGCUCACCCGCAACGCUUACAGCAGCACCCAGCUCAAAUCGGAGGAUCCUCCGCAGCAUUUUCGCCAGCGCAGCGGGAGUCUGGAGUCCCAGUCUCAGUUUCUACCGGAGACCCAACCGCCCGUGCCCACAUUCAGGUUUUCCCCAACCCGACGCAGCAACAGCACUGAGGUACUCGAUGACGGCUCCUCCUACACCAGCCAAUCCAGCGUGGAGUACGCCGUCCCUGGUCACCACAACCACAGGCGUAGAGUGCGAGGCCGCCACAGGAAGGACGCUUACGCCAACACGGGCAGCAUGCCCAACCUGGCUCAGCCGGAGACCCACUGUUACGCCUACCAGCCCCGGACCCGACCCACCACGACUGCCUACUACGUCACGGGAUAUCCCAGCCAUGCGGAGCCAGAGCCUUACUCCAACGGAGUGUAUAUGUACGGCAGCGAGACGGAAGGACACUACAGUGUCAAUCAAUCCUACCAGCCCGCCCACGCAGCGUAUCGCGCCCACGACGCGCACCCUCGCUACAGCCAUGACGAGAUGGACGGCGCGUCUCAGAACCUGUACGCGACACUGAGGCCGCCCCGGAACCGCCCGGGCCUCCGUAGCGAAGAACCCAUGUCGAGAAACUUUCAGAAGGCCGUCGUGGCCGAGCACCUGAGAGGCUGGUACCAUCGCAACACCGCGUACAAGCAGGCGGCGUACGGCUACGACUAUGACCGAGGGUCUCAGCUGAGCGUCAGCUACCAGACCGUUCCUGCCCCCCUCAGCCACAACAGCAGAAACCUCUCCUACUCUUCAGUCUCCUCCACUGGGAACUGGCACGGCCACAUUAGCGCUCGUAGCAUACUGGAUUGCGACAUGCCUGUGACGCCACAGACCUUCACGUACAAGACGGCGCCUUUCAGCCACUCCGCCCACAGCAGAUCCUACGUAGACAUCAACCAAACGCACACCGAAACGGACCCCCAAGACCGGAUAUGCUGGCACGAGGACUCCGAGCCGGGAACCAUCGUUUAGCUGCCAUAAUUUCAGCACGACACGUCGUCACUGUGCCUUAAACUGCACUUAGCCCUUUUAUUGCCCAUGAGCAAGGACACCCAAAGAAUGAAGGACUUUACCUGGAGUUAUUCCGAGUCUACAGGAGUCGGACUUUCUGUUGAAAUGCCAAACCGACUUAAAGCUACGGCGCUGUGACAGUCACGUACCGGGAGGUGAGCAAACUCCGCAAAGAGCCUCCGAGCAUCGAACCCGCGAGCCGCAACCGACAACUUCUCCUGCCGCUUGCAUGCAAAUGUGCUCGUUACGCCAAUGAAGGAUCAUACGAGGGAUCGAACGGACCUCAGCAUAAAUGAAGGAGCUCGUUGGGAACGAGUCGGGACAAAGACGGCCGGUGAGCGGAACCCUCAGCAGCUGUCAGAUAAUCGCCGUUUAUUUUCGGAAUACUCCUAACCGCCACAGCGCUUCCUGUACUCAUUGGUAUUCGCAUAUCUGUGUUUCUGUCCCGUCUAACACCAGUAUUACUCUUAAAGAAUACACACACGGUUACUGCCACUGCAGCACAAGUACCGAAGAGGAGAAACGAACAAGGAAAAAACAAAAAAAAAAAGGAAACCAUGCUGGAAGUCAUGGAACGGUGCUCCUAAUUUCUGUACAUGUUAUUAUUGUUAACACACUGGUUGGUUUGUGUUUUUUUUAGAGCUUCCUGUGUAUUUUGAAAAGCAUGUAAUAUAUGGUAAAUAAUGUUAAGCUGGUUCUUAGGAAUUUGUAUCAUUUCAUUUGUUUGAAUAAAAAGAAAUCAGCAUUUGGUGGAAGUGAUUUGUU